UGAGCGCGCGCACCGCCCGUCCGUCGUGGUUUCCUGGCUGCGCGCGGCGGUGGCGGCGUAGCUGCAGCUGUAGUAGCAGCCGCGAAGAUGGCGGAUGGGUUGGAGCGUGUCCGGAUCUCCGCGUCGGAGCUGCGAGGGAUCCUGGCCACUCUGGCUCCGCAGGCCGGGAGCAGAGAAAACAUGAAGGAGCCUAGGCAGCGCAAGGAUAACAGGCGCCCCGAUCUGGAAAUCUAUAAGCCCGGUCUUUCUCGACUAAGGAACAAAUCUAAAAUCAAGGAACCCUCUGGGAGUGACGAAUUUAAGGAUGAUAUUAAUGACAGAGAUUCUUCUGCUGUUGGAAAUGGUACACAACUCAUUAAAGAUGUGUGCAAGGAAGUGGACAACCAACAGCAAAAUGGUCCUGUAGACUCAGAAAAUAUUCUGGCACAGGAAUCCUUUCCUAGGACUGCUGGACAAGAGGAUCGAAGUCUAAGAAUUAUCAAGAGAACAAAGAAACCUGACAUGCAGAUCUAUCAGCCUGGAAGGCGCUUGCAGACUGUUACCAAAGAAUCAACUAGCCGGGUGGAUGAAGAAGAAAUGCUCAACCAGGUGGAACAACUGAGAGUAGAGGAAAAUGAGAAUAGGGGAAAUGUGAAAGAGGAGGUUGUGAAUAAAAUGGCCAAAGAUGAGGUAGAAAAGAGCCUAAAUGGUGACAGAGUAAGGGCUGUAAAGGGAGAAAAAGGAAAGAGGAACGAAAAAGGGGAGGGGAUGAAGAAAGUGAGUGAAGACCUGGCACAGGGGAAGCUGGGUUCUGCAAAGCGCUACUCCCGCUCAGACAAACGAAGGAACCGCUAUCGCACUUGCAGUACCAGCUCAGCUGGUAGCAACAACAGUGCCGAGGGGGCUGGCCUGACUGAUAAUGGGUGUCGUCGCCGACGACAGGAUCGGACCAAGGAGAGGCCGCGACUGAAGAAGCAAGUUUCUAUGUCCUCAACGGACUCCUUAGAUGAGGACAGAAUCGAUGAACCUGAUGGGUCCAGGAGGAGCUCAGAAAGGAAGAAACAUUUAGAAAGAAGCUCAUCUGGCCGUGGGGAGGGACAGCAGAAAAGCAAUGGUAAAGAAAAUCGAGGCACCCUUCAUGUCACUUUCGAUGCAGAAACCAUGAACAAAGUUUCCCCUAUGGUGAGGUCAGCAGAGGAGGAUGGGGAUAGGAUAAAGCCUGACAAAGGCUUGAGCAGUCAGGGCAAAGGUUCUGAGAAGCAGGAGUCCAAAAACCUGAAACAGGAACUUCGGGGUCAGGGCCGUGGCAUACUGAUUCUCCCUGCCCAUACCACCCUAUCUGUCAAUUCUGGCUCUUCAGAGUGUACACCCUUGGGACCUCGGCUUUUAUUUGGAUCUGGUAGUAAGGGAUCUCGGAGUUGGGGCCGAGGAGGUACCACUCGCCGGUUGUGGGACCCAAACAAUCCUGAUCAGAAACCGGCUCUAAAGAGCCAGACACCCCAGCUACAUUUCUUGGACACUGAUGAUGAAGUCAGUCCUACAUCUUGGGGUGAGUCACGUCAGGCCCAAGCAUCUUACUAUAAGUUUCAAAACUCUGACAACCCUUAUUAUUACCCCCGGGCACCAGGCCCCGCCUCCCAGUAUCCUUAUACAGGCUAUAGCCCCCUGCAGUAUCCAGUGGGCCCUACGAAUGGUGUGUACCCUGGCCCUUACUACCCAGGCUACCCAACUCCAUCAGGACAGUAUAUUUGUAGCCCUAUCCCUGCCAGCACUGUGAGCCCUGAGGAGAUGGAGCAGCACAUGAGAAACAUGCAGCAACAGGAGCUACACAGGCUUCUCCGGGUGGCUGACAACCAGGAACUACAGCUCAGCAACCUGCUUUCCAGGGACCGCAUCAGUCCGGAGGGCCUGGAGAAGAUGGCUCAGCUCAGAGCUGAACUUCUGCAACUGUAUGAGCGCUGUAUUCUAUUAGAUAUUGAGUUCUCUGAUAAUCAGAGUGUGGAUCAGAUCCUGUGGAAGAAUGCUUUCUAUCAGGUUAUUGAGAAGUUCAGGCAGCUUCUCAAGGAUCCGAAUGUUGAGAACCCAGAACAGAUUCGGAACAGACUUUUGGAGCUCCUAGAUGAGGGUAGUGACUUCUUUGAUAGUUUGCUUCAGAAGCUGGAGGUUACUUACAAGUUCAAACUGGAGGACUACAUGGACGGUCUUGCCAUUCGCAGCAAACCAUUACGCAAGACAGUAAAAUAUGCUUUGAUCAGUGCCCAGCGAUGUAUGAUUUGCCAAGGAGAUAUUGCUAGGUAUCGGGAGCAAGCCAAUGACACAACAAACUACGGCAAAGCUCGCAGUUGGUACCUGAAGGCCCAGCACAUUGCUCCCAAGAAUGGGCGCCCCUACAACCAGCUGGCUUUAUUGGCAGUAUAUACGAGGAGGAAGCUUGAUGCUGUGUAUUACUAUAUGCGCAGUUUAGCUGCCAGCAACCCUAUCCUGACUGCCAAGGAGAGUCUCAUGAGCUUAUUCGAAGAGACCAAACGAAAGGCAGAACAGAUGGAAAGGAAGCAACAUGAGGAAUUGGAGCUGAGCCCUGACCAGUGGCGGAAAGGAAAGAAGUCUACUUUCCAUCAUGUUGGAGAUGACACCACUCGCCUGGAGAUCUGGAUCCAUCCGUCCCAUCCCCGGUCCUCCCAGGGCACUGAGUCUGGGAAGGAUUCUGAGCAGGAGAAUGGUCUGGGCAACCUGAGCCCCAGUGAUCUGAACAAAAGGUUCAUCCUCAGUUUUCUCCAUGCCCAUGGGAAGCUGUUUACCCGGAUUGGGAUGGAGACAUUCCCUGCAGUGGCUGAGAAGGUCCUCAGGGAGUUCCAGGUGUUGCUGCAGCACAGUCCCUCUCCUGUUGGAAGUACACGUAUGCUGCAACUUAUGACCAUCAACAUGUUUGCUGUACACAACUCCCAGCUGAAAGGCAGCUGGGGCCAAGAAGAGUAUGACGUGGUCAAAAGCUCCAAGGGUGUUUCAGGGAAAAACAGCCUGGGCCACAGGAUAUACCAAUCAACUAGGACAGAGAGCUCUGUGGACGUGCUGCCAAGUACCCGGUGUGCAGCUGAGGCAGCCGUCCAGACCCCACUGUGUGGGCUGCCAUUGGGAAAGCGCUGUGCACUGGAAGGGGAUUCUGUUCUGCUGCUGGGGGUGUGGCUGCUCCUGGGCUGCUGUGCCGCCACCGCCGCCAUGGGCUCAUGUGGGCUGCUUCUGGUCUGCUUGGCUGCCGCCAGCUCGCAUGGGCCGCCCCCGGGCCACUUGGCCGCCGCCAGCUCACGUGGGCCACUGCUGCCACUAGCUCCCACAGGCCUCUCCCCAGCCCAUCUGGCGCCGCUGCCAGCGCAUGUGGCUGCUCUCCCACUCCUGGGCCAGUAUGUCAGGGCCCAGCUCUCACCCUUUGCCUCUGCAGCUCAGCUGUCCUCCCCUGAGGACGAGGAUGACCAAGAUGACAUCAAGGUGUCUGCCUUCGUCCCGGACCUGAAGGAACUGCUCCCCAGUGUGAAAGUCUGGUCAGACUGGAUGCUUGGCCACCCAGAUACCUGGAAUCCUCCACCCACGUCCCUGGAUCUGCCCUCACAGGUUGCUGUGGAUGUAUGGUCGAUGCUGGCUGAUUUCUGUAACAUAUUGACUGCAGUCAAUCAGUCUGAAGUGCCACUAUACAAGGACCCAGAUGAUGACCUCACCCUUCUUAUCCUGGAAGAGGAUCGGCUUCUCUCAGGCUUUGUCCCCUUGCUGGCUGCCCCUCAGGACCCCUGCUACGUGGAGAAAACCUCGGAUAAGGUUAUUGCAGCCGACUGCAAAAGGGUCACAGUGCUGAAGUAUUUUCUGGAAGCCCUUUGUGGACAAGAAGAGCCUCUGCUGGCAUUCAAGGGUGGAAAAUAUGUGUCAGUGGCACCCGUCCCAGACACCAUGGGAAAGGAAAUGGGAAGCCAAGAGGGAAAACAACUGGAAGAUGAGGAGGAGGAUGUGGUGAUUGAAGACUUUGAGGAAGAUUCAGAGGCUGAAGGCAGCGGGGGCGAGGAUGACAUCAGGGAACUUCGGGCCAAGAAGCUGGCUCUGGCCAGGAAGAUAGCUGAGCAGCAGCGUCGCCAAGAAAAGAUCCAGGCUGUCCUGGAGGACCAGAGUCAGAUGAGGCAGAUGGAGCUCGAGAUCAGACCUUUGUUCCUCAUACCAGACACCAAUGGCUUCAUUGACCACCUGGCCAGUCUGGCACAGCUGCUAGAGAGCAGGAAGUACAUCCUGGUGGUGCCCCUCAUCGUGAUCAAUGAACUGGAUGGCCUGGCCAAGGGGCAGGAGACAGAUCACCGGGCUGGGGGCUAUGCUCGUGUGGUGCAGGAAAAGGCCCGGAAGUCCAUAGAGUUCCUCGAGCAGAGAUUUGAGAGUCGGGACUCUUGCCUUCGGGCCCUGACCAGCCGUGGCAAUGAACUCGAAUCCAUCGCCUUCCGCAGUGAAGACAUCUCUGGCCAGAUGGGUAACAACGAUGACCUGAUCCUCUCCUGCUGCCUCCACUAUUGCAAAGACAAGGCUAAGGACUUCAUGCCUACCAACAAAGAGGAGCCAAUUCGGCUGCUACGGGAGGUGGUGCUGUUGACAGAUGACCGGAACCUGCGUGUGAAGGCGCUGACAAGGAAUGUGCCUGUACGGGACAUCCCGGCCUUCCUCACAUGGGCCCAGGUGGGCUGAAGGGACCGCACUGGGGCCCACCCCCACAGAACCAUUCCUGAGAGGCCAUCAGGCACCCAGUGUAACACGGAAGAUGCCCGGGUACCUGAGCCACCAAUCCACCCAGACAAUAAACCAUCCUCUUCCAACCCACUGUGGUCAUGCUCUGGGGGAGCUGCUCCUCACAGAGCCCUUCCCAAGGGUUGGGCAGAAGCUGCUGGGACUCUCCUGGGCUGCAAGAUUUAGCAGGGAGGUGGCUGGCUACAGUGACAGCAGGUGGUGAGCCAGACAGUGCCCAUGCUCUCAGCCUUUCUCCCUCCCCAUUCUAGGUCAAGGGCAGGAGGGAAGGCCCUUUUAAUUCCAGGGACUCAGUCACUUUCUCAGCUGGAGAUGGGGCAGGGGGUUGAGUUUCCAUCAAAUAUAGGUGAAAUCACAGGUCCUGUUAAUCUUCAGAACUCCUGUACUGAAUGUGUCCAAGAGCCUCUGAUGCUACCAUGAAGAGAGUGUCCAGGGUGUCUCCCCCUGAGGCCUGGAUUCCCCCAGGGACCCAGGUUGGGUUCUCGACACCAUGUCCCAAACAGCAGCCCUAGGCCCCCACCUCGUCUACCCCACUACCACCUGCCACACACACCCAUCUUGCUUCUCUUCUUCCUGCCCUUCUCCAUCUCGGUCAAUUGCACUUUGCCCCUUGUUUUUCCCUGAGGUGGCCAUGGGUCUAGAGGAACGGGACAUCUGGUCUCAGGCCCGUGCUUCCUGGGUGGCCUUUGCCUGCUCCCUCUCCCCUCCUUGGCCUUCCUUUGCUCUGGUUCCCACUUCACAAAAUUUCCUCAGACUCUUCUCAGUUCUCCCCUCCCUUUCCCUGUCCUCUCCCGCUCCAAAGUCGUCCCUCUCACCUUCCUCCCCUUUCUAGGUGAUCCCUCUCACCUCCCUGGUCCCUCAGUUUUUUCACCUCAGUUCUAUCACAGGGCUUUCUCACUCUGAAUCUUCUCCUCCACUUCCUGUGGCAGGAAUUUAAUUAACCUUUUAUCGCUCAUAACUUUCUUUUCCAGGCCCCUGUGCUCAAGAAACUUCCAAGCCUAUAUAGCCCAUCCUGAGGGUAGUGUGUUGCAGAGCCUAGGAGGAGCAGUGCCUAGCCUGGAGUUGACACCCUGUUUCUAGCUUUGCCCCAGAACUGGGGCCCUUUGGCCUUUUGAGUUUUUGUUGCCUUUUUAGCUGGCACCUGUGUACAAAGUCUCACUCAGGAGGCUUCCUCCUGGGAAUGCAAUUCUCCCAGCCCAGGGACAGGGAUGAGAGGGACUCAGGGGGAGACAGGUUUUUGAGGACCCAAGAGUAAAUUUUGAUGGGACCAGCAGGGAAAAACCCAGAACACCCUGACUGUACAGCCCACCCAAAGAGCAAGGCUGUGCCCUCCCUCAAGACCCAAGAUUAUGCCAGGAGGUGGGAAAGGGGGUGCUGUUCAGGAAAGCAGUGGCCAAUAGUUUCGGGGUAUGAAUACCCCAGGAAUUCAGAAGACUGGGCUUUUUGGGCUACAAGGUCCCCCCCCGUCUCUCCUUGGAGAUCCUCUCCCCUGGAUGAAGGUUAAUGACUGGGUGGGUAGGUGGGUGGGAGACCCAUCUCUCCUUUCUGUCCCAUUUGCAGCACUGGUUUGGUUUCCUUAAUAAAUGUUUAGUUAUGAAACAUA